ACGUUUAAAAAACAAAAAAUUCCACAGAAUGAAACUGAAGGUUACAUUUGCUCCUCCUUGUGUGCCGUAUGACGCACGAGGACGGCUAAAAGGUAAGCUGUUGUAGAAUUUACACCCUUUUUUUUCAAAUUGUAUUUUUCUUAAGAAGCCAAAUCACGUUCAGAAUAAAAAUGAAAAGAUAUGCAUUAUUUUAUGCCUUUUCAUUCAUGCCAAAACCAAAAAGCAAAUUAACUCAGACUUUUAGGCACAUUUGGAUCUCGGCAUAGAUGUUUUGCAAGGACUACUUUUCUCUCCCUGCGUAUUUUUGCAGCAGUACGUUGUCAUGACUCACAGUUUGUAUAACUUGUGUCCAUAACCAGUAAUUAUACAUUAAGAAAAAGCAAUUACAGAUCAGGCAACUUCGAAAAUGAAGUCUAUAAUAAGCAUUAUAAUAAAACACAGGUUACCGAUUUACCAGCAGGAGUCUGUCCGUACAUUUUUGGGAAGUACACAUUUUUGCUGAAACAAAUUCAUCUACAUUAAUACAGAUUGGCACAAUACAUCCUUUUAUUAAUUAGUGUAAAGUAUCUUUUGCCAAGAAGUAAUAGUUAUUGCGUAGAAUUGGCCACUCUGUGUAUAAUUUAUACAAGUUGACUUCAGACAAAUAUGGGUUUUUUGGUCAGAACACUUGACAACUUUUUUAAAGUUCUAGUCAUAUAUCAAGAACAAAUCUUUGCAGUAUAAUGUGACCUAAUUGUUAUAUUCCUAAAGCUGCAUCUAGGAAAAGUGUCAACGGCUUCUUUACAAAACAAAUAGAAAAAAAUGAUCCCCCUGCAAGAAAAUAAUAAAAAAGGUGGCAAAAAAGGCACAAUCACGCAGAUACAUUUCAUGCAAUGUGGGCACAUCUUUAACUUGCACAAAUUGCAUGAAAUACAAUUGCUUUUAUUUUUUUUUUACCAAAACGCAGGCAUUUGCAGCACAACUAGAUGUUUCCAUACCUUAUUAAGCGUUGUUUGUAAGUAAAACUCCUAACAGCAGACCUGCAGGUAUUUGCAUCUGAACCAUCACUUAUUUGUAAGCCCUUAUGAUUACACUUCAGGCCAACAUCCAGGAAAUAUGGAAAAGUCAAGCGUGCGACCGCCCUGUGGCUGCCUGCUUUCACCACAAAACACGCUGGCAGUGAGCUUUUGACAGCUUUUUGACAGACAUCUACUCUAAGCACAUGCACAUCAACAUGCUUGGAGUGUGUUUCUGAGAUCUUAGCGAGCAGUUUUAUAUAUCAGUUCCUUUAUGAAUUUUAUAGCAUGGACAUAACUUUAUAUGGACCUUUCCCGGCUUUCCCGAAGCUGCAGGAGCUGAGGUCGAGACAUAAACGCGCUCUUUCUUUUCCUUCGGCUUAGUGAUUUGGAUGCCAGUAUAAACAUUAAGUUAAGACUUGAUAAUGACCUCAGAGAAAAAAAAAACCUUUGGGGUUUGUUGCCAAGCCCCAAAGUGAAGUUCAAGGCAAGUUUUGGGAUCAUUUUACGCAAAUAAAAGAAAGUCUGCUGUGCGUUAAGCUGCGUAAAUUCACAAUUUCUCAUGACGCAACACCAACAGCAAAAGGAAAAUGUCCUGGUUUAGUUAGUCUGAUGGACUUUAUUGGUUAAUGAAUACACGUAAAAAAUAAUAAUAAUGGUUACGUUAGUUUGUCACUUCUUUGUCAUCUUCCUCGAGGAAAGCAGGGCUGCGGAACAACAUUCUGAAUUUAAUAACAAGCUGUGGCGGAGAAAAAAGUUCCUAAAAUGCAAAUGUUCAUGAUACCCAAAACACUGAGCGCGCGCACAGACAACAUACAGACAUGACUUAAAAAGUAUAUAGAUUAACUUAAAACAUGACAAAGCACGUCUGUGCAAAAGCUAAUGAUUAAGGCGUCUGUAUUUUAUCUUGAAGCCUGAUUUGCCUGCAUUAACAAAAACGCCAAAAGGCAGGUCGCAACACGCCGGGCCUUGCAGUGUGAUUCAUGAUGAUCGCUGCUUGUUGCUGAAGAUUGAAUUUAUUUUCUUGGCGUUUUUAUUAAAAAAUCAACUAUCCUCGUGGUUGAUUUUUUUUUUUCUGGGCAUUGCACCAUUUCCGACGUGCUGCAUGCCGGGUAUUGGUUGCGAUCUAAACAAAGGAAGUAUGCAAAAGAACUCAAACGGCCUAUUAUAGCAAAGAACGAUUCACCUUUCUUGAACUCCGAAAGAAAAUGUAUUGUUUUCUUCUAAUUAUUUAUUGUUUAUUUUUACCACAUCAAAUGAUUAUGAAAUACCAGCCAGUAUAAUAAAAAACCAAUUAUUUUAAUUAUCUGUCUUCAAAAACUUUAAUUUUGGGAACAAUUACCUAAAUUUGUUAAUUAUCUUGAUUUCAAAACAAUCUGAAUCAAAUCAUACCAUACAAAAAUCAAAAGCAAAAACGCAAGACUUAGCAUAAAAACAACGUUCUAGCUUUUAUAAUUCUAAUCCUAAAGUUGGUUUACUUAAUUUAAAAUUAUGAGAUUGUCUAUUGUUUAUAUGUUUUCCUGAAACCGCAAUAAAUAUGUUUUUUUUUACUUGUGCUGUCUUCCAAUUUUUUCUGUAACAAUAUGUUUCUAAUUUUAUGGGGAUGUGUAUAUUUAUUUAUACUUAUUUGGAUGUUUAAGUUAACCCCCACAAGAUGUAUAGAAAAAAAAACAUGUUUGCUUAAACUGUUUUAACAACCAUAACGGUUUAACCAAAAAUAGCGCACACAACGCAGAUUGCGCUUCUAUUUUUGUGUGUUGUUGCUUUGCAAUUACAAAACCAUACUGAAUAUUGUACUUUGGUUGAAACUCCAGGUUCAUUUCCUUGCAGAGCACUGAGAGGCACCAGCCAUACACACAAAGCAGAAGAGCACAUACAUUUAAAAUCACACGUGCGCCACGUCUACUCCGCCCUCGUUUUUUCAGGAAUCUAUAACAUUUUUUGCAUACUUGCAAACCACUAAAAUGAUUUAAAAACAAGAGAAAUUAUAAAUGGAUAAUGUCAAAGCUGGAACACAAAAGUAAACAAGAAAGGGAGGCAGACGGGGCCGUGAGAGAGAGAUCGGGGAUGAAAACACAAUGACAGUAAAAGUUAAUGUCCUCCAAUCGCUUUCAUUGGCACAGGAAUUCUCACCCCUCUUCCGCUCUUUUCAAGAGCAGCAGACGGACCCUUCAAAGCCUGAAUAGUCCAAUGGGCUGCGUGGCUAGACAGCAACUUUCAACUUGACCUUGGCCUCCAGCCGCGUUUACGUCCCAAAGCGCUGCCUAACCAGGCCUAUUUUUUGGUUUCUCAAAUUGUAAAGAGUUUGGAAGUAACGCACAAAGGAUUAUCUCUGAUCCUAACCUGACGGUUCAACUGACUAGUGGCAAUUUUUGGUCACAGCGACACAUUAAAAAAAGACAUUCACUAGAAUUGAACUUGGAAUGAGUGUUAUGUUUUCACCCUUUACGCGUCCUGAAAACACACAUGGAUCAAGGUGAGCGGCAUGUUGGAAUCGCUUCUGCGCUCCUACAGUGGAGGAAGAAUCGACUUUAAUCAAACAUAUAAUCAUUCUGUGGUUUCACUCAUCUAUAAACAAAAGAUCCUAGUGUGUGUGGUUGCUUAAUUUUUUUUCCACAUUCAAAUUAUAAAGACAAAGAAUGGUUGUUGUAGCGCACGAAGGCCGAAGACAGUGGAGUCAUGAGCAAGAGACUCAAACUAUACUGUGCCCUGUUUAAAAUAGCCCCUAUUAACCCUUUACAUAAUAAUUCAGUCUUUUUCGUAAUACAUUAUAAUAAAAGGCAGUGUUUGGAGUGUGACGACAAAUGAAAAUUGUGAUAUAGCGUUUUUACGCAUCAACACCCCCACAAAAUGAUUCAAAUCCGAAAAAACCAGCUCGUGGCGUUGUUGAAUGUGAUAACCUUCCAUCGCUGCAUUUUUCACCAUUUAAUUAUGCGUUGUUGUUUACCGUGUCUUCUUUGCAUAGUGCGGUCACGUGCCGGCGCCCUGACCAAUCAGAGCGCGAGCUGCGCGCUCUUGUGCGCGUCAGAGUGGCUUUACUCUCUGAGAAGCAGUGCGUCCUUUUUUCAGUCAGUGGGCUUUUUAAAAAAGAGCCAGAAGCUUCAAUGUUGGAUGCCGUGCUAUGACAACGUCACUGCUCCUCCGUCCUCGCUGGGUCGACCCGUCGGUGAUGUUCCUGUACGACAACGGCGGCGGUUCCGAUGAAGUGAGCAAGAACAUGGAGGGUUUCGCUGGUGGCAACUUUGCUGCGAACCAGUGCAGGAAUCUGAUGGCUCACCCCGCGUCCCUGGCACCUAGCACGGCGUACUCGUCCAGCGACGUGCCCGCCCCCGGUAUGGGGGAGCCGGUGAAGCAGUGUAGCCCUUGCUCUGCAGCUCCGAAUUCCUCCAGCGCGUCCCUUCCUUACGGGUACUUCGGUUAUCCGUGCAGAAUGUCGCAUCACAGCAGCAUUAAGUCGUGUGCAGCGUCGUCCGCGCCCGCCUAUGGAGAGAAAUACGUGGAUACGUCCACCUCGGGGGACGAAUUCACCCCUCGAGCGAAGGAAUUUACUUUUUACCCUACUUAUACUUCGGGCCCAUACCAACCUGUUCCAAGUUACCUGGACGUUCCCGUGGUUCCAACAAUCAGUGCGCCGUCAGAGACCAGGCACGAACCCCUCCUGCCUAUGGAGAGUUAUCAGCCAUGGACUCUCGCUCCCAACGGCUGGAACAGCCAGGUUUACUGCACCAAGGAGCAGCCUCAGCCUGCACACAUGUGGAAAUCCUCCAUAUCAGACGCUGUGUCGCACACCGGGGGAGACUCGGGCUCUUACCGCCGUGGAAGGAAGAAGCGUGUGCCAUACACCAAGGUGCAACUCAAGGAGCUCGAGCGCGAGUACGCCGCCAAUAAAUUUAUCACAAAGGACAAAAGGAGGAGGAUAUCCGCGCAGACCAACCUGUCUGAGCGACAGGUCACGAUAUGGUUCCAAAACAGACGCGUGAAGGAGAAGAAAAUUGUCAACAAACUGAAAACCAUCAGCUAGUUGAUCGUUUUUUGAUAUGGACAAAAAGGAACGGGAUAUUAAGACGCAUUUUGACCACAGACUCCUUCCUGACUGCGUCUUGUGUGAGCAGAUGAUUUCCAGGAGCCUCUGGAACAAACAUUUCGGGGUGCUGAAGGCCGGGCCCUCCAUGAUGAUCCUGCCAUUUGUUAAUAGUUUGAAGCAACAGAAAAGAGAAAAAUAUGUGCAUUAUGUGUGACUUCUCUUUUUGUUAUAUUUUAUUUUGGCAUGCACAGAUUCGUUGGAAUGGACCCUGCGUCAGAAAGGUGCGCGUCACAGAGCAACACCUUUGUUUCCACAAGAGUUAUAAAUGGAAGAUUCAAGAGAAGUUUCGGAUUUGGACCUUGGGAAUGUUAAAUAUUAUCUAAACUCUGGCUUCCUUUUAAGACCUCCUCACGUGCUUAGCUGUAUCAUCUUUAGUCUUAUCAUUCAAAUCGUGCUCCCAGGGAUACCCGACAUGGUGGAUGUCCUGCUUGUAAUACAUAAUCGAACGGGAGAUUUGCUCAUGUCCAUCAUAACGUUUAUAAUGUGUGCGUAUUCUUGUAGUUGUAUAUAAACAUAAAAGUGAAUUCAGGCAUGAUACCCAGGCCGUGCUUGACUCCAGUAUAUCCGUGUUAAAGUCCACUCCAAUAAAACAUGGACUUGGUUGAAAUUUAUCCAGGUUAUGUGAAAAAGGUUUGUUUUCAUAGCAUCAGAAUGACAGUUCCGCAUUUAUAAACAUUCAUUAUUUACAUUUAUUUAAGAUUUAAUCUUGCUUUUUGGAUCAGAUCAUUCCACGCUUCCAAAGGGGGGGAUGAAAUAUAUUUAUGUUCAGUAUUCUUGAUAAAACUGCAUGAAAAGAUUUUUUUUUGUAUUUUAUUAAAUGUAGAUUCUGCCAAAAAGUACUACUAUAGUAUUAGAAGUACACUAUUUGAGGUCCUGCCCCCAACCUCAGUCUGCAACAGUGAGAGAAGGGACAAAAAUUUGGGCCAGACAAUUCUGGGUUAAAAAGAAUAAAAUAAACCAACAUUGCCAUCUAGCGGUCAUUUUGUGACACGUUUAAUCGAAAAGAAACCCCCUCUUUCAGUCACAGCUAAACAAAAACCUAACAAAAUAACACAAUUUUAAAUAUAAAAAAAUACGAUUAUUUCACAUACAUAUUUAGACCUAAAAACCUUUUUUUGUUUCUUAAAUAUUUAUUGGCUCAAAUCAACUAAUUCAGCGUUGUUGUGUAUUUUUUAUCAAUAACUAAUUUAUUUAACUCAUUAAUUUUAUUUAAAAUUAUUCAAAAAGUCCAUAUUUUUGUCACAAAAGGUGACAAAAAAUGAAAGUUCUUUUGCUAAAGCUGAGACGGCAUUGCCUAAAAACAACAACACUUGUUUAAAUAUUAUUUUUGUCAACGCGUGUUUCUGUCAUUCGUAACGUCUGUUUUUCAGCCCAUCAAACUGUUUUUCUUUAUUUAUGUCAAAAAAACGUGAAUUUUCUCAACAAUAAUGUUGAGUUUUUAUAUAUUUCAAUUCUUUAAGCUUUUCUUUUUUCCCACAUUCAUUUGACGCGUUAACUGUUGCCUGGAAUUGAAAUGCAUUUCUAACCACAAACUCCAGACAGAAUCUUUGCUUGUGUUUUGUUCAUUAUUUACCACGGUGGUUAAUCUUAACAUUUACGGAUUACAACAGAGAAGUAAUUAAUAAUACGCAGUUAAAUUUAAAUUGUAAUUGAAUUGUUUUGUAAGGACUCUACAAUAAAAUGCCCUUAUGUUAUAAAGGCCAGCUUUUAACCAUGAUAUUAAAAAAUAAAAUAAUUUUGUUACAUUUUCCCACGUGAUUGCUCGAGUUGCACCCUAGUCAAAACGUAAAUACAGAUUGUGUUACGACUGGAUUUUUGCGUGGAAAAAUUAAGUCACAAGGCUUAAUUUUUACCAACUACUAUCCAGAAACUUUGCAGUAAAUUAUGAAUUUUAUGUCAGAAAAAGCGAUGGUUCAAAACCGAGGGAGAAAUAAAGAUUUUGCAUGCGUACAGUUCGAAGCAGAGUGGAGAGUGAACACGUGACCGUUCGUUUUCAAGGCUGCAGUAUGACCAUGGAGAUGGCGGAGGCCUUGGUGGGGAAAUGAAAUAAGAAAACGUGCCAUAAGGCCAAUCAAUAGGUGUGAUAGAGAGAAUUCUUUUUCGAAAAAUAUAAAAUAGUUUGCCAAGUUUUAAGCAAUACACCAUAAAUAUACCAUAAUUAUUUUAUUUUCAAAAAAACACGCACUUAAUUUUGAAAACAUUUCCUCCUGUUAGAUUAAUUUAGAUAGUCUAGGCAGUUUUCCAGGCUUAAUGAAAGUCUAAAAGUCUAAAUUGCUUUACGUUUUUGAGGUCAUCAGCUGAUAUAUUUUAGUGGAUUCAAGUCAUGAUUUCAUGAAGGAACACAAAGAUUAAACCGAAUGUUUCAGUAAAUACAAUGAAACACUUUUAAGUUUUUGUGGUUUUGAAAAAUAAGAAAAAUAUUUUGCAAAGAGUCAUAAAGUAGAUAUUUUUACGACUCCAUUGUUAAGGACAUAGACAAAAAAGGAUGAAAUACUUGGGACUUGUUCUGUCUAUGCUGAUUAGAAACAGUGCUCUUCUUUUGUGUGGGAAAUGAGGCUCGGCACGUUUGUUCGUUCAAUAAAGAGCUAUGCU